AUGCUGACUUUGUGCACGGGAGGAAUAAACCGUCCAAGAGGAAUAGGAAACUAUGACGAACAAGGCCUGAAGGUGCAGCCACAGGAAGCAGCAGACGUAGAGCUUCCUUGGGACGACGCGCAGCAGCUGGUAGCAGCAAUCUUGUUAUCUAGACUUGGAACAGCAGAGGACGCAGCAAAAGUACUUGGGCAGAGUUGGGUGCCCACUUGGGAUGGCUGGAAAGAAUUGCAAACAAGCACGACAGAGGCUCACUGCGUUGCAGUUGCGGACCGUCUGUGUGACAUCGCGCAGGUAAAUGCUCCUGGCCGAAGCAUGACUGAUACCCAAGCUUUAAAGGCUUUGGCAGCUGAAGGGUUCAGGUGGCAGCAGGCGCUGUCACACGGCGUCAACAAUUGCCUAAUCGAUUCCUUGAUGCUGUGCUUAGCGUAUGAAGGUCUUUUGCCAAGCAACUUGGGCGCAGAUGUUGCAGCAAGACGACGCAGUGCAGUUGCAUGCAGAAAGCAUUUGGUUCAAGCGGUUGGGCAAGCAGUACUUCCAAGCGCGAAGGGAUUCUUUCCAUAUUUAGAUGCGCACCGCGAUGGCCCGCACAUUGUGACAUUUCUGUUGCAACGAUUUCGGGCUGUUGCGCGCGCUAACAUGAUAAUUCGUGUGCACGACCGAUUUGGUGAGUGCACGGCAGACCCAGAUCGGAACAAGAUUCUUGUCCAUCUUGGGUUCGAGCACCCCGAGCAUCAUGCCUUACAGAUUGGUCCACCCGACAGUUUGCUAGUGCCAAUUUUCCGACUCUACUGUUUUCAAAAUGGUCAGUAUGCCGCGUUAUUGCCGGAUGCGCCCGCAGCAGUAUCGCAGCAGGAGCCAGCAUUGAUGCGUGUAAGCAGCUGUUCCAGCCAAGAGACGCAAGAUGUCUUUGGAACGGCAGAUGCAGGGAGUAGCGAGUCCAGCGCCAAUAUGGAACAGAUGCGCGAGAUUUUGCAGCGCUUUUGUGACAGCCGGGGCGCAAAGGUGCAAAUCAGUAAAGCAGACGUUCGUUGUUUGCAAGAAGCGUGGUCAGACAGGGAUGCAGAAGGUGCAGGACAAACACUGGCAGGAACUUCGACCUCAGCUGCCACAAACCACGAAGGCAAGCACCUGCCGCCGACUGUGCCCAUCCAAAGAAAUGCUGCAGAUAGCAAGGACGAUAGCAAAGAACCCCCUGGACAAUCAACUGAUGAAGGAGGAUGGAAGGCUCUGGCUGUGGAAGAUGCCCAGCGCAUUGUCUUCUUUCCUCGGAUGUCAGACAUGGAGGUGUAUGUGAAGGCUUUCCAAUUGGACACGCCGGAAGCGACCAAGCGGAAGGAACAACUCAUGAAGUUCAAGCUGCUGUCAGUGUUUUACACCUUGCAUCGGCAUGACGGUGGCUUGGCUGAGAGGUUCAUGCACUUUGGAGGGUUGCUUUCCUUGGUGAGCCUCUUGGGGGAGGAGAAUCGGGUGAUCCAGUCCCAAGCCAUCGAGCUCCUGCAUGAUUUUCUGGCACCACACAUGGCCAUGCAGCCAGCCAGCUCGGGUCGACAGGCGCACCUGCAACACCACGUUUUUCUCUGCCUCAGCUCUGGAAAGCUUUGGCAGUACUGUGGGCUGAUCCUCUCAGAGCCUGGGGAGGUCUUUCCAAAAAGCUAUUCGAGUAGCAUCCAGCUGCUGGCUGCGGCCAUUGGAUGGCUGCGACCACAAACUGGCCACGAAGUUGCAGAGGCUACGGUGCCUCCAGAAGUAAAGGGUGCCAUGACAGCCCUGCAACGCUGCGCCAAAGGUUCCACACCAUUGGCACCUGAAAUGCGACAAGUGGCAGAGGAAUUGCUGGAGGAGCUGGCAGAUCUUCCAACCAUUCGUUCUGAUCCCAUGUCAGGUGAGGCCCUGAAGAAGUGUCAAAGUAACCUUUUUGAUCCUGCCAUGCAGAAGCGGGAGGAUGCAGCACAUGCCUGGCAAACAUUGAAGCUGCUGGGCAACGAAGCAGUGUCCGCAAAAAUGUUGUGGCCAGCAGAAACAAUUUACAGAAUGGCGCUCGAGGAGGGAGGUGAUGUUCUGCCCGAAGCUGAAGCUUCAAUCCUGCACUCCAACCGAGCCCUGGUGUUGCUGAAGGCUGGCCACUUCGAGGAUGCUGCGGCAGCAGCUGAGGAAGCUCUCCAGCUGAACGGCCACAACAGCAAGGCGGCCUUCAGGCAGGCGCAGGCCUUGAUGGAAUUGGGCUCUGCUGCAGCCCUGCAAGCGGCGGAGAGGGCCCAUAGAUUGGAGCCCAAAGACGCCAAAGUCUUCCAGCUGCUGGAAAAGGCCCAAGCCAAAUGGGGACAGAGCAAAACUGAUCUUGAAGGCAUGGACUAG